UAGCAUAAACCCUAGAGGAGAAUAGCGUCCCACCUCCAUCUAACUGACACGUGGCGAACUCCCACGAACUUGCCAUGGAUUUCCAUUACAAAAGAGGGUAGGAGAACUCCGCAUCAAAAGCAAACACCCAAACACUACCUCGCCAACUACAAUGCUCUGUAUCUGCUCUUCUUCUCUUCUCCUUUCUCUAUCUUCUCUCAAUGGCAUCUCUUGUAGAAAAUACGAACAACGGCUUCACAGAAGACGAGCUUCGAGUCGCCGAAAUCCUCCUUCAAUUGUCUCUUUUCUCUCACCAAACCAGAUCUCGGCCGUUCGUUUGCUGGGGCGCUAAAAAGAAGAGAUCUUCAAUCGCUGGAGGAGCUUCUUCUCCUCUGCGCAAUGGGAAGGAAACCCAUGUAAAGGUGGAAGCUUCCAGCCCUGCAACCCCUCUAUCCUUCUCUCCCAGCGAUGCUGAUUCAAAGCCCAAGCGUUCCAGAAGAAGAGAUUUCAAGAAGAAGACGAGCAAGGAACUGAGAGAAAUGGAAGCUGCGUUAUAUGCACAGCAAAUCCAGCUAAAACAUGAGAUUUCAAAGGUGGGCAACUACUGUAACAAGCUGAAAGCUUUGAAUUUGCUGUUGAAAGCGAAGCAAAACGAGUUGGGUUCUCUCCAAACAAGAUACCAGCUUGAUCUGAAACAAUCCAAAAGCUUGGAUCUUUUGGAAACUCCAACAGCAGAACCUUCUUCCCAUGCUUUCGAACAAAACCAACCUUCCAUCAUCAAUCAUCAGUCGAUACGGCCGGACGCUGAUCCCACGGAUAAAAUAGCCAAGAAUUCUGAAUUCCCAUAUCGGGAGGUGCAUCCUUCAUUAGCAUCAUCAGGGCUUGAAUUGGGGUUGGAAAACCAGUGCAGGCCUGUUGGAAUUCUCGAUCUGAAUCUCCCUGCUAAGGAGAUUGCUAGUUUAGAUUUUUGGCACCUUCCCUUUCAUAUGAAGAACAAGGCAGCCAUUGCUGCUCAGGCAAGGAAGAGGAGGAUUGAAAUCAAUAGGGUGAAGAGCUCUCUGAUCAUCAAACAGCCACGUUUUAGAUGAACGGCUGUGGUUCUCUCUCUCUCUCUCUGGCUCUUCUCCGCAAGUUGAGAGGCCUUUCUGAGGUAAGUUGGGAGAGGAUGAGGAAGUAUAUAAUACUAGCAAUAGCAUGGUGGAUCAUACUCAUGCCAGCAUUGAUGGUUCACAUGGCAUUCGUUCAGGUUAAUCCUGACCGUUCAAAUGGACGGGGUAUGGGCAGGCAGUCAACCAGAUUGGUUGAUCUAGUCCAUCUUAAUGAGUGAAGAUCCAUUGAUUGGAUGGUUAAGAUGAUUGGAUUCAUGGCAUUGGUUAGUACAUGUGGGCCACUUAUACAGUGGUUGUAUGCAUGAGCAUGAUCCACCGUACUCCGGCAAAGUAUCAUAUAUGAUUCACUUGAAAGUUCUCCAUUCCAAUUGUACUAUAGCUAUUUGCAAGUUCUAUGGAUUUUUGUAAUUCAAGAGCUCUAAUUCAUGAUUGGAUUACUUUGAA